UUUAGGCACGGCAGAGGGCGUGCGUGCAGAAAGGAUGGUGCUUGGCAGAAUAUUUGGAUGCUAUCGCGUCGUAUCCAGUCGUUUCUCUUAUCGUUACGGAGGAGUUCGAAUCCAACGAAAUUAUUCUUCUCAUCGUAAAUGGAUAGACAAUUUAAAUGUUCGAACCUUCUGCCAAGAAAGUAAUUUUGACUUGGCAAAAUAUGAAGAAGUGUGCAAUGAAACAUUAGAAUCCUUAGCAGAAUAUUUUGAAGACGUUCUUGCCGAAAAUAAAUAUCCGGAAUCUGAUGUUUCUCUCUCUUCUGGUGUUUUAACAAUAUUUCUGAAUGACAAACAAGGAACCUAUGUCAUCAAUAGACAGACUCCCAAUAGGCAGAUUUGGCUGUCAUCUCCAGUUAGUGGACCAAAACGCUAUGACUGGACGGGUGAAAAGUGGAUAUACAAGAGAGAUGGCAUCUCGCUGCACCGACUUCUAGAAAAAGAAAUGUCCGAGUUGUUGGGCAAAUCCGUAGACCUGUCGAACUGCUCUCACAAUAAAGAGAAGUGAUUAAGUGUAAGUUAGAAACAUAAAUCAAAUACGUAAUAAAUAAAAGAUUUAUUUAUUUUUCAACCUGU